AUGUUGAUCCUCCUGGUGCUCCUGGUGAAGAAGAUAGUUACUCUCAGCUGCCCUGCAAGUGAUGCCUUCCCAGUCCCACAUGAGUGUGUGGUCCCAAAAUUCUACCAGCAUGUCCUUGCCUUGGCCUUUGCUGUGAAGGAGAUCAAUGAGGACUCCCACAUCUUACCUAACAUCACUCUUGGGUUCCACAUCUAUGACAGCUACUACAACCCAAGGAUGACCUAUCGCACCACUCUGGACCUGCUUUUCAAAUCCAAGGAAUUUGUCCCUAACUACAAAUGUGAUGGCCAGAAAAAUCUGAUGGCCAUCAUUGGAGCACUUGCGUCUGAUACCUCAUCCUAUAUGGCAGAAAGUAUAAGUGUCUACAAGAUUCCACAGAUCAGUGAAGCUUGUAGUGGAGAAGAGAAUUUGGAGAAUCUGCCUGGGCCUCUGUUUGAGUUGCAGAUGACUGGCCAAAGCUACGGCAUUUACAAUGCUGUUUAUGCAGUGGCCCAUGCUUUGCAGGAGAUGGUGGGAUCAAGCUCCAAACAGAGAGAAAUUCUGAAGUAUGAAUUUCCAGAUCUGCAGCCUUGGCAGGAGAUCAAUGAGAAUCCCCAGAUCUUGUCCAAUGUUACCCUUGGGUUCCAUAUCUAUGACAGCUACCAUGAUGCACGGAUGACUUAUCGGACCACCCUGGACCUGCUCUUCAAAUCAACUAGCUUUCUUCCCAACUACAAAUGUGCCAGGCAGAGGAACUUGAUAGCCAUCAUUGGAGGACUUGGUUCUGAUACCUCCUUCCACAUGGCAGACAUCUUGGCUCUCUACAAGAUUCCACAGCUCCACCCAUAUCUUCAAAGGGUUUCCUUCAACAAUUCAGCUGGUGACACAGUGUCCUUCAAUGAGCAAAAGGAAAUGAGAGGUGGAUUUGACAUUGUGAACAUGGUCAGUUUUCCAAACAGGUCCUUUCAGAGAGUGAAAAUUGGAUGGAUAGAUCCAGAUGUGCCCCAUGGAGAAGAAUUCACAAUUCGUGAGAAUCUGAUUAUGUGGCACAGAGCCUUCAAUCAGGCCUGUCCCCUUUCAGCAUGUAAUGAAUGGUGCCAUCCUGGAAAUCAGAAAGAAAAGAAGGAAGGAGAAAAGUUUUGCUGCUAUGACUGUGUUUCCUGCCCAGAAGGGGAGAUUCAAAACAAGACAGAUAUGGAAAAUUGUUUUAAAUGUCCAGAAGAUCAAUACCCUACCAGAGAGAAAGAUGACUGCAUCCACAAAACUGUAAUGUAUCUUUCUUACAAGGAACUUCUAGGAUAUACUUUAGCCUCCACUUCAGUUUCAUUGUCUUUAAUCACUGUUCUCAUAUUAGGAGUAUUUCUUAAGUACAGAGAUACCCCUCUGGUCAAAGCCAACAACAGGGACCUCACCUGCAUUCUCCUUAUCUCCCUCCUCUUCUGCUUCCUGUGUCCUCUCCUGUUCCUUGGCCAGCCCAACAAAGUGACCUGCCUACUUCGACAACCAACCUUUGGCAUCAUCUUCUCCAUGGCUGUUUCUUGCAUCUUGGCCAAAACCCUCACUGUGGUGGUAGCUUUCAUGGCUACCAGGCCAGGCUCCAACGUGAAGAAGUGGGUGGGGAAAAGGAUGGCAACCUCCAUUGUUUUUUUCUGCUCUCUCAUUCAAGUAGGCCUUUCUAUGACCUGGCUUGCAACCUUCCCUCCAUUCCCACACUUGGACAUGCAUUCAGUGUCCAAGGCCAUCAUCAAGGAAUGUAAUGAAGGUUCUCUGGCCAUGUUCUCCUGUGCCCUGGGCUACAUGGGCCUGCUGGCCCUUGCCAGCUUCUUUGUGGCCUUCUGUGCUCGCAGAUUACCAGACAGCUUCAAUGAAGCCAAAUUCAUUACCUUUAGCAUGCUGGUAUUCUGCAGUGUUUGGGUCCUCUUUGUUCCCACUUACCUGAGCUCAAGAGGAAAAGCCUUAGUGGCUGUGGAGAUCUUCUCCAUCUUAGCUUCCAGUGCUGGAUUACUGGGAUGUAUCUUUUUCCCUAAAUGCUACAUCAUUAUGUUGAGACCAGAGCUGAAUGUGAAGGAGCAGCUAAUAAGAAGAUGGAAUUGA